CACCGCUUAUGGGUCUACAAAGACUAUUCGUUUUUCUUGAAAUUUUACUAAAAUGAGGUCGAUUUAUAAUUUUUUAAUGUUCAUUUAAUCAAAAUUUAUCAGUCAAAAACGACAGCGGCAGUCUGGACAUGACUUUCUAUCACAAAUCGGUUAAUUAGAGGCGCUGUGGUAGUUCUUCCAGUGACACGCCAUUUUAUACGCAGAUCUGGAAGUUUGCACGGAAUUUCGUGAAAAAAGUGAUUAUUCAGAAGCAAAUAUUGUGAAAAAUUGGUGUAAUGAUAACCGCAAGUGUUGAUUUUAGUUGAUCGAGCUAUUUUCGUUGAGAUUUUAUUCGACAACCAUGUUCUGAUACUUACUGUUAAGUGAAAAGAAUGGCCCAGUAUUAUCGUGUGUUAAGCCAAGAUGAAAAAAGCAACGAAGAAGUAGCGCAAUUUUACCCAAACCUUGACGAGAAUCAAACGGUUCAGUAUGUAAUUGCGUCUGAUGGCACUCAACAGCAAUUCCAAGCACAACCUGUAGUGGUUUCUUCGGACCAAUUAAUGGUGGUUGAAGGGCAGGGCCAGCAGGUGAUCAUUGACCAGUCGCAAGUUGCAUACCCACCCUCCCAGUAUGUAAUUCAGGAUAGUUCGGGAAUUGAGUUCCAAAACAAUCGACAACAGCAAGUCUAUUAUAUGACUAAUACUCAACAGAACCAGUCUGUCAUUGUUGAGCAGCAAAUGACACAACAACCUGUGGUCCUGAACCAUCAAAUGAUGCAGAGCCACAUGUCUAAAAGUAACGCGAAUUCUCCAAUACAUCAAAAUUGUCCUAAUACUAUUAGUGCACAAGUGAUACCAGAAAAAAGUGUUGCUACGAUGCAGCAAGUCAGAAAUCAGUUGAAAACGCAAGCUGUGCGCCAGGGGAACGUUAUAAACGCGAGGGGGAUGGUUAUGAAUGCACAGAAGGUGGCAACUCAGGGAAUGUCCAAGGAAAUUAUUCAAAACUUUGCAAGAAAUGCUUCAAGUGAUAAGGAAAGUGAUAGAGAAGAAGAUGCAGUUGCUUUGUCUGAUGGCAGACUUAUCAGUUAUAGUCAGUAUAGGAAAAUUAUAACCUCACAAAAGCAAAAUCAAACUGUACAGGAAAGGAUUGCGUCACCAACCAUCGCAAAUUUACCCCAAAGAAAGCCCAGAAACACCCCAACAAGCAGACUUCGCAAUGCGAAACCGAGACAGGCUGCGCGCGGAAAUAAUCGCAACUUCAUUCAGAAUUCUUCAAUUGACGAAGCGCAAUAUGAAGAACAUAAACAGCCCUUGAAGCAGAUGCAACAGCAGUUCCAAAAUCAGAUGGCUCAGAGACAGCAAAUUAACAGAGCACAUCCGCAACAACCCCUGCAAGAAUCUCAAAGCCAGUAUCUUAUUCAGCCCAGAGCACGGGACAGUAAGCCCCAGGUGCAACGGCCGUUGCCUCAGUUCUUGCAUUCUACUCAAAUACAAAAUAUAAUCGACAGCACACCCAAAGGCGAGGAAUACACAGAUUCCAUACGUAUGUUGGUACUACUUGACAAUGGAGAGCAAAGACUUAUCACCUUCACCCUACCUAAAGAAGCAUGCACAAUUCAAGAAAUUCUCGAACAGGUUGGAGUUCCUUUCACAAAAGAUACCCCAAUUCAAGUAAACGAAGCCAAUUCGUAUGGUCUUAACUACAUCGUUGCCGUUGGAAAUGUUCCCGGAUUUUCAAUAGAUGCAUCACCGCAACAGGAGGAAGCCAUUCUUGAGAAUGAAUUCAUACAGCAACAACAGGCUGUACCACAAAUGGAACAACAGCAAGACGCGGUACCACAGGAAUCGCCCAAGGCAGCAAUAACUCCAGUAGCGCCGUCUUCGCCAGAACCCCAAAAAGAUUUACCCCCAAAAAUAAUCGAAGGGCAGUUGGCUGUUUGCGCCAUCUGUGGAUACGUUUCAGAAGAUUUUAACAGAUGCAUGAGGUGUAAAAGGAAAUUGCCGGAAAAUGUAAAGGCUAUUCCAGCCAGUAGUAAUAACGGGAAGAAGAUGGAUCUUAGGAGUGCGAUGGCGGAAAAAAGAUUAGGAAUGCAAAAGACUAACGGUGUCCCGAGAAUGAAUUUGUUGCCCAAAAAACGUCCCUCGAAGCCAUCAAAGUUGAUGGAAUGUGAAACGGUGGUUGUUAGCUCUGAUGAAGAGGACUCUGAUCAGAAGACCCCCGUUAAAAAUGUGAGUGAGCAACUGUUGGAAAAAUUGGGAGCUUCUGUAACCAUAAGCCCGAUUUCUAAGGAGCCUUCUAUUGUGGAUAUCCAAAAAACUAGUAUAGCAGCAACUUUAAAAGUUUUAGGUGGAGAAAAAGUACCAGUAGAACAAAUAAAUAGUGUUCUAGUGUUGUGCCGAACUAUAAGAAUAGGUUCCUAUCGAUUUGUACCUCCUGAACCAAUUAAAAUUGAUUCAAAUGGGUUGGUGUUAAAAGUGCCACAUCCAAAAAAUGAAAACACAAUAAAAAUAAUAAAAAUAGACAAUAGUGAUAUCGUAAAAGUAUUGAUAAGUUUCCAAAAAUCUCUCCCCGUGUUAUUCUAUUACUUGUUACCAUCCGUGGGUGCGAUAGUUCGGGCUGCUCUAGAUAUGGCACAGGGUUCAGAUUACUUCUUUGAUCCCUUAUCAGAGACGGAAGAAUCCCACAGAAGAAUAACUCUCUUGCCAGAAACGUUGUCAGAAGAGUGUAAACACAUCCUACAAAAAAUAUACGCCAAAAACUCGGUAUUGGAUGAACUCACCUACAAGGAAGCAAACGACAUUUUAAUCAAAACUUGUCCAAAAGAAUUAUCAAAAACAGUCCUAAACUACAGCAGUGUUACAGAAAUCAAAGCAAUUCUGAUGUAUCCAGCGGAAGGCAGAGGCAGAAUUACUAUAAACACAGAAGAUUAUAUGUGUUUAGGUCAAGAUCAGUUCCUUAACGAUGUUAUCAUCGAUUUUUAUCUAAAAUAUUUAUUGUUAAACCUACCAAAAGAGCAGCAAGAUAAAGUGCACGUCUUUUCGACGUUCUUUUACAAGAGGUUAACCACCAAACCCAUGAAAGCGUCACGGAAGUCGCAGCCCACUGAAAUUGAUCCUAAUUUAACACCUGCACAAAAAAGGCACAGUCGUGUUAAAACAUGGACGAAAAAUGUAAACAUAUUUGAGAAGGAUUUUAUAAUUGUGCCAAUUAACGAAAAUUGUCAUUGGUUCCUAGCGAUUAUUUGCUUUCCGAAUAUGAACGGCAGCCAGACCAUGGACGGUCAACCUAUUAAAAUCGAACCAAAACAAUCUAAGAAAAAAAAAGGUGGACUGGGGGCUGUAAAGGAGAAAAAGAUUGAACCGUCUAUCAUGUGUGAGGAUGCAGAGUUAAGUGAUAAAGAUGAAGCAGAAGGUGAUGACAGUGAAUUGGACUCUGAUGAUUCAGAAGAACCUCCAGCUACACUUCUAGUUGAAAACAAUAGCAAUAGGCCUGCUAUUAAGCAACCCUGCGUGCUCAUUUUUGAUUCAUUAGCUGGAGCCAGCCGAAGUCGUGUAGUGGCAACUCUCAGAGAUUACCUAACUUGUGAAUACAAAGCCAAACUAAAUGUGGACAAAGUUUUCACAAAAGAUGUAAUAAAAGGAGCUUGCCCCAAAGUUCCACAACAAACCAAUUUUACAGACUGUGGAUUGUACCUCCUCCAAUAUGUAGAACAGUUUUUCAAAGACCCUAUAAAGGAUUAUUAUAUACCUAUUAGUCAUCUGAAAACAUGGUUUGAAGAAAUCACAGUCACUAAAAAAAGGGAAGAUAUUUCUUUACUAAUUCAAUCAUUAAUGAAGGAAGCUGGAAAAGAUUUAGAUAUACUACCAGAGGUCGUUUUCCCCACACAAAAUGGCGAAUUAACAGAACGGGCGCUAAUGGAAAAAGAAGAUAAAUUUAUUGAUCCAGAUGAAGAUAUAAUGGAAGAUGAGGAUGAAGAAUAUGUACCUCCAACGAGAAAAUCUAAAAGUGUUGACAGUUCCAGAGACAGUGGCGACACAACGCCAGAGAAACCUACAACUUCUCCCAUUAAACCAAGUGAUAGUGCUAAAAGUGAAUUAUUUAAUGAACAGACUGUUGUUAGUACAACGCUUUUGAAACCGGAUAUUAGUGAAUUACCAAAACAAAGCAACAGAGACACGUUAUCAUAUCUUAAAGCCAAGCGGAUUAUUAGACAUAAAAAUAACGCGAACAGUGAUGGCGGACCUGAAUCAAAAAAAUUAAAAAAUUCAGACGCAAGUGGCACAUAAUUUUUUGUUACAAUUUUGUUUUAAAUAUAGGUACUGCGAAAUUUGUGAUUAAAUAAAUUAUUCAAAGUACCCUUAAA